UAGCAACUCUGAGUCACACUGCGAACGUAACAUGGCAAUCCGCCCGCUAAGUGCCGAACUGCAAGCAAUAGCACGUGAGGAGUUGAACGAGGAUCCUGCCAGAUUGGAACAAGAUUUAAAGUACUUGAGGGAAUGGCUGGCCAAACAACCCCAUCUUUGCUGUGUUUCAGACUCACAAUGGCUAAUAACAUUUCUUCGUGGCUGUAAGUUCUCUCUGGAACGCACCAAGUCCAAGAUAGAAAUGUUCUACACACUGAGGACCGCGUUGCCGGAGUUCUACGCGAAUCGCGACCCGAUGUUGCCGGAGAUUCAAUACAUCCUCAAAUUAGGAACGAUGCUGCCGCUACCUCUGCCAGACGACGCGGGAAGACGGAUUAUCCUCAUGAGGACUGGCAUUACCGACCCUGAUAAAGUGAAGAUUGCGGACGUCUUCAAAGCGCAGAUGAUGGUCGCAGACAUAUUGCUUGAAGAGGACGAUCGAAUUUCUAUUUGCGGCACAAUGAAUGUGAUGGACCAUUCGAAAGCAACUUUGACUCAUAUGGCACAAUUCAGCCCAUCACUAACAAAGAAAGCUAGCACGCUGUUUCAGGAUGGUUACCCAAUUCGUCCUAAAGGCAUGAACCAUAUCAACAUGAAUCCAGCGAUCAUCACUGUGUUCAACAUGUUCAAGUCAUUCAUGAACGAGAAGAUGAAAAGCAGGCUGUUCGUUCACUCCGACAUGGACUCUUUGUACAAAAACGUCCCACAAAGGCUUCUACCCCAAGAAUAUGGAGGAGAGGCAGGAUCACUGGCCGCGAUUACAGAAGAAUGGAAGAAGAAAGUUGAGGCACGACGUGGAUGGCUCAUGGAGGGCGAGAUGUACCGAUCGGACGAGAAGAAGCGAGUCGGGGGCAGACCGAAGACGCAGGAGGACCUGUUCGGCCUGGACGGUUCCUUCAGACAACUGAAUGUGGACUAGAAUAUAUUCACAUAACUACAUUACACCUGAGUUCAUGUCCAGUCAAAUACAUAUAUAGAAAUUUCACUUUUUAUGGGUAAGAAAUUUCAAUCUUAAACAUGAAUUUAAUUUAACA